AUGACUAAGAACCCUUUGACCUUAGUCAAUGAGACCAUAGAGGUUGAAGAUAAUGACAUGAAAGAACUAGGAAUGAAUGAGAGAAGUUGUGAAGGAUGUUUGAGUCAAAACACAUGGUUCUUCAGAGCUGUUAAGAAACUUAGUAAAGAACGACAGAAAUAUUUUAUAGAGAAGUAUUGCAAAGGAUGUGUAAAUGAAUUGCUUGAAAUAGAACUUAGAGACACUUUCACACUAAAGGACUUGAGAAGAAAUAAGUACAUGAGUGAGGACGGUAUUGACAUAGCUAGUGUUAUAAAUGACUUAAGAAGAUGUGUUGUCGUUAUUGACGGAGCAUGUAUGACAUAUCUAGUGAAAGAUUAUGAUGGAAUACGAGACACAACAACACUUGUGUCAGUAGAUAGCAAGGAAUUCAAUAAGCUCAUGAGGAGUGUUUACGUAGGACGUAUUGAAGAGAAGGAUGUGAACGCACUGAUGAUUUAUGAAGCGGGUCAGAACAAGAACUAUCUUAUGAAGUCAGGCAUGAGAUUCUUUGACGAAAGAGAUGACAUUUACAGCUAUUUCAGAGGAUAUGAGUAUGAGGUACUGAAUGAAGUAGAUGAAAGCAUUAUUGAAGGAUAUUUGAAACAUGUUCACGAUGUCAUAUGUAAUGAGGAUGAAGAGCUUUAUGAGUAUGUUUUGAACUGGUUCGCCUACAUCGUUCAAAAUCCUUGUGGAAAGACUGGAACAGUACUUUUGUUAAUAGGAAAGCAAGGAACUGGUAAGAAUGUACUUAGUAAUGUUCUAUGCGAGCUCAUUAGCAAGUACGCCAACAAUAAUAUAACGGCAAUAGAGAAUGUGGUUGGUAGAUUCAAUGCUGCUAUUGAGAACAUGAAGCUCAUCGUAUGCAAUGAACUAAGCUCAUGCGAUACGUCUAAGGUCAUGAACCACGACGCACUAAAGUCAAUAGUAACAGAGACUCAGUUGGACUUAAAUCAGAAGUGUCAGCCAGUAAGAAAGAUAGAGAAUGUUUGUAAUAUCAUCAUGAUAUCUAACAACUUCAACUCAGUAAAGAUUGACAAAGACGACAGAAGAUUUGUU